UCAAUAAAACUAACCGGUUUCGAGUCUCGAUGCACAGCUGUCUGACAAUUCGUCGGCAAAAAAAGUUCCUAUCCACGGCGCGCGAUAAACAGAAGUCUUUCAGGUAACUACCGAAUCCAACUCAUAACAGUUGCGAGAAGUUGAAGCCAAUUUGUAGCUUGAACAGAAAUUAAAAUGAGCAAAUAUACGUCAAAGUAUUUGGAAGACAAACUAGCGGAUAAAUUGGGAGCGUUAUACGUAAAUGCGAUCGACGAAUCGGACGGCUGUGGUGGUAAAUUCAGUGUGACUAUUGUUUCGGAGGCAUUCCGUGGUAAGACAUUGCUACAGAAACAUCGCUUAGUGAAUAGUGCUCUAGCAGAGGAACUUAAGGAAAUACACGCAUUCUCUCAAAAGUCAUACACACCCGAAGAGUGGGAAAAAGUGCAAUAGACUUUGGAGUGUUAAUAGGAAUGUAGUAUUCUUUUAGCGCUGUAUUUGUCUUUUGAAUAAAUUAUAUUAUAAUAACUA